CUUCCAAAUUUGGUUGCAGAAAACAAUGGCGGCUGCAUAUGGCAAUAGCAGAGGUGGUGGCCUGCUCAGGGUUUCAAUGUGCGGCGGCGGCGGCGACGCUCAAGCACGUGAAAUUGAGCAGCUCUCUCGCGAAGGCAGUCGAUACAGCCUCUCCACCGGAAUUCUCCCUUCACUUGGCGCCAGAAGUAAUCGCAGAGUCACGCUUAGUUCCUUCAUCAUUUCACCUUCCAAUCGCCGCUACAGAGUAUGGCAAAACUUUCUUGUUGUGCUGGUUGUUUACACUGCUUGGGUGUCUCCGUUCGAAUUAGGAUUUAUCGAUACACCGGCAAGGCCUCUCUCCAUCGUUGACAAUAUUGUCAACGGAUUUUUCUUUAUCGACAUCGUCCUCACAUUCUUUGUUGCUUAUCUGGAUAGAAGCACAUAUAUCCUUGUGGAUGACCGCAAGGAGAUUGCUAAGAAGUAUUUAUUGUCGUGGUUCGUAUUUGAUUUUGUAUCUACAAUCCCAUCCGAACUUGCUCGUAAGAUGCUUCCCAAACCGUUUCAAUUUUAUGGAGCAUUCAAUAUGCUUCGUCUCUGGCGUCUUAGAAGAGUUGGAUCCUUAUUUGCACGAUUGGAGAAGGAUAAGUACUUCAACUACUUUUGGGUUAGGUGUGCCAAACUAAUCUGUGUUACUUUGUUUGCGGUUCAUUGUGCAGGUUGCUUCUAUUUUCUACUUGCCGACCAUUAUCCUAAUCCAAACAAGACAUGGAUUGGAGCAUCUAUAGAGAAUUUUCAUGACAAAAGCAUAUGGCUUUGCUAUGUGACUUCAAUUUAUUGGGCCAUUACAACGAUGACAACGGUUGGCUAUGGAGAUUUGCAUGCUGAAAAUACAAGGGAGAUGAUAUUUGCUAUAUUUUACAUGCUGUUUAACUUGGGGCUAACAGCAUAUUUGAUAGGAAAUAUGACCAAUUUGGUUGUCGAUGGGACUAGUAAGACCAGACAAUUUAGAGACACGAUUCAAGCCGCUUCAAGUUUUGCACAAAGGAAUCAAUUGGCCCCUCGGCUUCAAGAACAGAUGCUUUCACAUUUGUGCUUAAAGUUCCGAACUGACUAUGAGGGGCUUCAGCAGCAAGAGACUCUUGAUUCUCUUCCAAAAGCCAUUCGAUCAAGCAUUUCUCACUUCCUUUUCUAUGCUUUAGUAGAAAAGGCUUACUUGUUUCGUGAUGUGUCCAAUGAUUUACUUUUCCAGCUGGUAUCUGAGAUGAAGGCUGAGUAUUUCCCUCCCAAGGAAGACGUGAUCUUGCAGAAUGAAGCUCCAACUGACUUUUAUAUCCUUGUCUCAGGAGCAGUGGAUUUACUGGUCCUUAAAAAUGGAGUAGAACAUGUUGUUGGAGAGGCGAAAAAUGGUGAUCUAUGUGGAGAGAUUGGUGUCCUUUGUUAUAGGCCCCAACCGUUCACCGUGCGUACAAAAAAAUUGUGCCAGCUUUUGCGCCUGAACCGUACCACAUUUAUGAACAUUAUUCAGGCUAACGUUGGAGAUGGAACGAUAAUCAUGAAUAACAUUCUUCAGCAUUUGAAGCAAUCGAAGGUCCCAAUAAUGGAGGAAAUUCUUUUAGAGACUGAGAACAUGCUUGCUCGAGGAAGAUUGGAUCUACCUCUCACACUGUGUUUUGCAGCACUUAGGGGAGAUGACUUGCUAUUGCAUCAGCUGCUGAAGAGGGGUCUUGAUCCAAAUGAAUCCGAUACUAACGGAAGAACAGCUCUGCAUAUAGCCGCAGCACAAGGAAAUGAGAACUGUGUGCUUCUUUUGCUGGAUUAUGGGGCAGAGGUCAACUGCAGAGAUUCAGAGGGAAAUAUACCGCUAUGGGAGGCCAUGCUUGGUAUGCACAAGAAAGUUGUUAAACUGUUGUUGGACAAUGGCACUACGAUAGCAACCAGCGAUGUUGGUCUGUUUGCUUGUACUGCUGCUGAACAAAAUGAUCUGGAUUUACUCAAGGAAAUUGUUUGUCGUGGAGGGGAUGUUAAUCAAUCCAAGAGCAGCGGCUGUACGCCCCUCCAUGUUGCAGUUUGUCAAGGCAACAUCGAAAUGGUCAGGUUCCUCCUGGACCAAGGUGCUGAUGUUUAUAAGGGGGAUGAAAAUGGUUGGACAGCAAGGAAACUGGCUGAGCAUCAAGGGCACAAAGAGAUUGAGGAGCUCUUUGAUUCUUAUAAAGGGUCCAAGACUGAAGAAUCCGCUGUCAAAAUCCCUGAGGAGCGCCACAGAGUUCGUUUCUUGGAAAAGUUUAGAAGUGAACCCACUAUUUCACCCGUUAACCAUGACUCGUUGUUUCCAGCGCCUGAUACAUCAUGGGGAAGGUCUCGUCCUAGGCGCAAGACCAACGAUUUUGAUAAUUCUCUGUUUGGAAUAAUGUCAGCAGCGCGACAGGGAGACAGCAGCUCACAUUUUCCUCUGGACAACAAUGCUACAGGUGCAGCACCGGCAGUUAGACGAACUUAUGCUGCCAGAGUGACUGUGAGCUGUCCCGAGAGAGGGGACGUAGCAGGAAAGCUCGUCCUACUUCCACAAAGCUUUCAAGAACUACUUGAGAUUGGGGAGAAGAAGUAUGGAUUCAUUCCUGCAAAAAUUUUGAGCAAAGAUGGUGCUGCAAUUGAUGAUAUACAGCUAAUCAGAGAUGGCGAUCAAUUAGUCCUAGUGAGUGAUGGUAGGAACUGUGGAACAGAUUGAUGUUUGCUUUCAUUCACUGCAAGUCACUUUUUAUUAUUAAAUUCACUACCAUUUCUUUUGAUUGGAAAUGUAAAUUAGACCCAGCUU